UCAUCUGAUGUCCUCCCAUUCUAACCGCGCAUGCACGGCCCUAGGAGCGCGCAGUGUGGCGAUCGGCGGUGCGCUGUGUCCCUCGGACACAGCGGAUCAACAAAAAGAGCCAAAGAUGUUGACUCGGUCAUGUGACCAGCUGUGUCCAAUCACAGCUGAUCACAUCAGUGCCACCUGUCAGUGUCCAUCAGUGCCAGCUGUCAGUGCUCACCCAUGCCACCUGCCAGUGCCCAUCAGUGCCACAUCAAUGCCACAUUUCAGUGCCCAUCAGUGCCACAUCAAUGCCACAUAUCAGUGCCUAUCUGAACUUCCUUUCAGUGUCACCCAUCAGUGCCACAGUGCCAACUAUCAAUGCCAGUGCCACCUAUCAGUGCCACCCUAUCAGUGCCAGUCAGUGCCGCAGUGCCGCCUAUCAGUGCCAGUCAGUGCCGCCUAUCAG